GGCAUGCAGGUGCCGAACACGCAGGAGGCGGCCCAGCUGGCAGCUGCCGACGACGAUAUCAUCGCCGACUGCGGUCGAGAUGAUGUGCGGGCGGCUGUGGAGAAGCGCAAGAGGAUCCACGGCGCCGAGCAGUCGGAUGCCAUCUUCGCAGAUAUAUUCCAGAAGGUCGACGCGAAGAAGGGCCGGCUCCGCCAGGUGCGCGCGGCGCCCGUGGCCACGAACACGGGGCUCGUCGCCGACGCCGAGAAGUACGCGGAGAUCGUGGAGAGAGAGCGCCCCAACUGGAGCUCGGAUCUCAAGCGCAUCGGCCUCGCGGCCCUCUGCGUGUACCGCUCCCGCCCAGUGGACGUGGGGACCGUGCAGCACGUGCAAAUGAUCUGGAUCAUACUUGGUGGCCGCCUUCUCCGCGCCCACAACGGGCGGGCUUACUUCUACGAUCAACGUCUCGGUUACUUCGACGUCUUCGACGGCCUCCUCCCGCCAGAGCUGCUCUUCGCGGCGUCUCGCUUCAUGCUGACUCUGGAAGGAAUAUUCAGGGAUUUCCCGUGCGGCGUGGAGCGAAAGGAUUCCGCCGUGCUCGCGGCCAUCGACAGCGCCGUGGAGAAUGCGGUUGCGAAGAUCAACGGAGACAUAUCUUACGCAGUUAAGGAGGCGGCCGCGCUCGUCUCGUUCCGCGACAACUGCGUCUUCAACAAGGGAAAUGCGAUCCUGCAAAAGGCCAAGGGCAAGGGCAAGGGCGUCGCGGCGCAGGCGCCCGAUGGCGAGGGCGAGGGCGAGGGGCGGGGGCGCGGCGCUGAGGACGCCGAGGGCGACGACCUCACCAGGGCGUCCGACGCGUGGCACAUCGCAGUCGCCCAGACUAUCAGCAAGGUAUCGACCAAAUUACAGACGGAACUUCUCAGCAGCAAAAUCAUGUCGUACUUUAUUGAAUGGUGCUCUCAGGACACCAUGCGAUCUGCUGGCGUCGCCUACGAAGACUGCAUCGUGAAGUACGAUGUGCUGGGUAGUCCUGUGACAUUUUCUUCUGAGCGAUCACCUGAGAAUUCGGUUUACAUUGGCAUCCGCUCGCAGCUCCUGUCCACCGACCCCGUGCUCGACGCGGCGGUGGCCCGCGUGCAGAAGAUAUAUUCACAGACGUUCUGGUCCAUUCCAGAUGCUUUCGUGUUCGGGCAGGCGGCCCAGGCGCUCGCGAAGAGAGGCUACAACGUUGACACCAUCACAGUGUACUGGGGACCUGGCGGCGUCGGCCUGAGUCUCCUUACGAGUCAUUUGGAGGCGAUGUAUGGCCACAAGAAUCACAAAUAUUUCGAUCCCAAUGUAUUUUUCGUCGAUGACGAGUUACGCAAAGUGGUCGAGCUGCUGGUCGACGGCUUUAUCUUCACAGGUCAAGAACGACCCAGCGGACAACGCGGAACCAUGCGGGAGGAUUGCGGCUCUGGCGUCAAACGCACCGCGGCUGGCAUAUUGGACUUACUCAAGAAAUUUGCCACAGCGGAGGGAGUUUCUGGAAGACUUCCCUAUUCAAUCUUGACCAAGAUGUUUCGCAUUGUGGGUUGGAAGAGACUCGAGGUCAACAAGUUCCUGGUGUUUGACGAGAUCACAGAGCAGAACGUGGAGUCUUUGAUGCGCAGGCUUGCCGUGGUGAAGAUACAGGCGCGGUUUUUCGAUCGCCUGUAUGUUGAGGAGAACUUCGGUGACGCCGCGGCCGCCGGGAUCUUCGCCCGUGACCCAGAUGCGAAGGAGUUUCUCAUGUCCUCCGUCGGCGUCGCCGCUGGGCAUCGAGUGCAGUUCGCCUUCGAGGAUGAUCACGGCGCAGAGGCGUGUCGCGACAUUAUCGUUCGGUAUGCGCGCUGUGGUGGCGAUCGAGGAAUCACGGAGAAGUCGCUGCGGCAGGCUUGUGGCCUCCUCGAGAAGACGUCGAACGUGGCUGGGUCCCUGCAGGCGGAGAUCGACGCGCCCAACUCGCAGGGGCAUGGGUGCACAGCCCCCAAGGAGUGGUUAGAUUUCAGCAUGGCUCUCAUUCAAGAAUGUCAAAAGAAAAACAUGGACUUCCUUACGCUUCCAGCUUUCAAGGCGAUGUCGCUGCCGACCAGUUGCAAGCUUCCUGCCCCUAAGCCGAAGGCCUUUCAGCGCCUGCAGACAGAGGGUCUAUGGGUGGGCAUUGGAACAGUGGGCAAGGCGGCCGAUCGCAUCGCGCCGCGCAUACGCACCAAGAACGGCAUGAGCGCGCUGAUCGACGAGAGCUCGAUGGGCGCGUGCAACUACCCAGAGGUCUACGACAUGAAGUCCUUUCGGUCAGUAUUCUUUGAGCACGGAGCUCGCAAAACUAACGCUGUGGUUCUGGCGGAUGCACUGGGCAAAGGCAUUCGGCGCCCCGGCCGACAGGCUGCCGAGAAGGCUGCGCGCGAGGCGGCGUGGUCGGAGAGGGCUGAAUCAGUUCGACGCAUGGAGUCUUUCAUCGAUACUUUGGCGAGCAGGGACAAGCGCGCCCAGGAAAUCAAGAGGAGGCGCCUCACGGCCAAGGCUAGCGGCCCGAGCUCGCAGGGGGAGUCGGCUCAUUUCGACGACGAGGUUUCGAUUACGGUUUCCACGGGGUACCAUCACAAGGUGGAGUGGCCGCCGCGAGCUUAA